AUAUUUAUUGAUUAUUAUUUAUUUAUUAUCACAUCCGUGAUAACUGAUAAGAAAAAGGAAUAUGAAAUUUUAGUAUAACCACGGAAAUUACUGAAAUUAUUUAGUGCUGCUCCAAAAUUUAAAUGUCUGACUGUGAAAAACUAAAAAAGUAAUAAAUUAGUAAAGAAAUCAAGAACGUUUUCUUAUAAAGUAUCGUGAUCAUUUCAGAAAUAUAUAUUUAUAAUGUUUUUUUAAUCAAUUAAAGUUUAAAAUUAUCAAUGAGAUUUAUACUAGAAAUAGAUGGGUAAUUAGUUUCUAUUAAUUUUUUCAUAAUUAAUUUUCAAUUGAAUUUGUACAAAAUACGACCUGAGACGUUUUAUGACAAUGAUUGCUAUUCAUUGUAUCAUCACAACAUUUAAUAAUGACUAUUGUCAUUAGUAGUGUAGGUAUGUAUAAAUGUCUGUAUCAAAAUACUUUGCUCAACAAAAUGAACCUGAAACUGAUGAUUUAGUUGAUAGUUUUAUAAACUUAGAAAAUGAUCUUGUAUCUCAGUUAAAUAAUUUGAAUUAUGGUCCAAAUGUUGAAUAUAUUUAUAGCCCAUUGGAUUAUGCUUCCAAUUUACAUAAAGCAUUUUUAACAAAGUUUUUACUUACAAAGAAAAAAGUAUUAUUCUUAGGCAUUAAUCCAGGACCUUGGGGAAUGUGUCAAACUGGUAUACCAUUUGGUGAAGUUAAUAUUGUCAGAGAUUAUUUAAAAGUAGAUGGAGAAGUAAAAACGCCUACAAAUUAUCAUCCUCAAAGACCAGUUAAUGGUCUUAAUUGCCAUCGAAGUGAAGUGAGUGGUAAAAGAUUAUGGGAUCUUUUUAUUGAACUCAGUAAAGGCGAUCCAUAUAAGUUUUUCAAAGAUUGUUUUAUUUAUAACUACUUCCCUUUAGCAUUAAUGAAUAAAAAUGCUAAAAAUAUCACUCCAGGCGAUUUAAAGAGUGAAUUCCAAAAAAAAUUACAAGAAAUCUGUGACAAAUCAUUAAGUGAUAUAGUUACUUUACUUCAAACUGAUACCAUUGUUGCUAUUGGAAAAUAUGCUGAAAAAAGGUCUAUUGAAGUAGUUAAGAAGUUUAAAUUAAAUAAUAUUAAGAUUAUACAAAUUCCUCAUCCCAGUCCACGCAGUGUUGGCACAGCAGAAAACUGGAAAAAAGAAACAUUAAAUCAACUCAAAUCAUACCAUAUUCUCCAGUUGUUCAAAUAAAAAUGGAUUGGAGUGCUCAUAUGAAUAAAUCAUUAUGUUUAGCUAAAGAAGCAUUAGAAGUUGGGGAAGUUCCUGUUGGCUGUAUUUUUGUUGAUGAUGAUGGUAAUAUUUUAGCUUCUGGUCGUAACACAGUAAAUG